ACAAUGCAGAGGCAAGUGGAGGUCAGAAUGCAUGAAAGCCAUUUGGAGCCCAUCGUGGAGCCUCCUCAGCCUAUGUGUUGGGGAAUAUGCAGCAAAAUCAUGAAUAACUUGGUCCUUUUCCUCACCAUCCUUGGUGUGAUCACUGGCUCUGUUUCUGGAAUACUACUGCGUCCCAUGUCGCCGCUCCCCCCUGAUGUGGUCAUGAUCAUCUCGUUCCCAGGAGACAUCCUGAUGAGGAUGCUGAAGAUGCUCAUCCUGCCCCUGAUAAUCUCCAGUCUCAUCACAGGACUGGCAGGGUUGGAUGCCAAGUCCAGUGGCCGCCUGGGCACCCGAGCCAUGGUGUACUACAUGUCCACCACAGUCAUCGCUGCCGCUCUGGGUGUCAUUCUGGUGCUGCUCAUCCACCCAGGUAACCCCAAGCUGAAGUCCAACCUCGGGCCUGGCAAGAAGAACGACAACGUCUCCAGUCUGGACGCCUUCUUCGAUCUAAUUCGAAACCUUUUCCCAGAAAACCUGGUUCAGGCCUGCUUCCAGCAGAUCCAGACAGUCACCACAAAAGUCCCCGUACCCACCAACAGGACCAGGGGACCACCACAGUUUACCAUCAAAAGGGGUCUUCAGUACAAGAGUGGGAUGAAUGUGCUAGGUUUGAUCGGUUUCUUUGUGGCUUUCGGGAUAAUCAUGGGGAAGAUGGGAGACAAGGCCAAGCUCAUGCUGGAGUUUUUUAACGUUCUCAACGAGAUCGUCAUGAGGAUUGUUGGCAUGAUUAUGUGGUAUUCCCCUUUCGGUAUCGCCUGUCUCAUCUGUGGGAAGAUCAUCUCAAUCGAUGAUCUGGAAAUGGUUGCCAGGCAACUGGGAAUGUACAUGGUGACCGUGAUCGUGGGCCUUGUCAUCCACGGUGCCAUAUUUCUACCGCUAAUAUAUUUAGUCAUCGUGAAGAAAAACCCCUAUGUCUUCUUCAUGGGAAUCUUCCAGGCCUGGGUCACCGCUAUUGGGACAGCAUCUAGCGCUGGUACCCUGCCAGUCACAUUCCGCUGUCUGGAGGAGAACUUGGGCAUCGAUAAGCGAGUGACGCGAUUCGUGCUCCCCGUGGGCGCCACUAUCAACAUGGACGGCACUGCGCUUUACGAGGCUGUGGCAGCCAUCUUCAUCGCCCAGAUGAACAACAUCGACCUCGACUACGGCCAGAUCGUCACUGUCAGCCUGACAGCUACCUUGGCCAGUGUGGGAGCGGCCAGUAUCCCCAGUGCUGGAUUGGUGACCAUGCUACUGAUCCUAACAGCCGUUGGGUUACCCACCCAAGACAUCAGUCUGUUGGUGGCUGUUGACUGGCUGCUGGAUCGGUUCCGAACCUCCGUCAACGUGGUUGGGGACUCCUACGGGGCGGGUAUCGUUUACCACCUAUCCAAAGAUGAGCUCGACGCGUUUGACGCCGCGCAAAAAGUUGAUGAAUUUGAGUUGACAAAAUCCCAAUCCUUCUUCGAGAACAACACCAACCAGUGUGUUUACGCUGCAGCCCACAGCACAGUCAUGAUAGAUGAUUGCAAGGUAUCCAUGGGCAAUGGAAACGGCCACCCCAACGGCCACCCCAACACUGCCGAUUUCUCUCUUGUUGAGGAGGAACCAUGGAAACGAGAGUAA